GCAAUAGACCUGGAAGGAACCAAGAUGUCUUCAUCAGAUGACAACAGCAUGGAAGAAAUACUGCAGGAAGAUGAUGAGCGAGACAGCAUAGAAUACAAGAUCCUAAUGGCCUACGCCCAGCGGCGGUUGUCUGCCAGUAAAUACAGGAAACUUCUCAAAAAUGAGGCUAAUGUGCAGAAGUCAUCGUCCUUAAUCAGGAGAAAAGUAAAGAUUGACCGUCAAGGGUAUAACGAAGGACUAGGCCGAAGAGUAGUUUAUCAGGGUCCAAUGCAACAGCAGAGCAAAAAGCAACCAAGAAGAAAAUACUGGCCAGGAUAUCAUCUACCUUUUCUCUGUGGCAGAGGAAAUCAGGAAGAGCCCCCAAUGCUGUCAUUGUACCCAGGUUGUGCAGCACAUUUCUCCAUUUCUGAGGCCCAAUCUGAAAGCCGUCAAGAAGGGAAUUCUCAGAAUCAGACAAAGGAACUGACCGUGGGCAAUACCAUGCUCACAGUAAGGUCUAAGACUCACAGUCCUAUAGAGCAAUUAAUUUCCUUCUUUAUUUCCCACCCUCCUUCCCAAUUAGGUGAAACAGCAGUUGUCAACCACGUUGCAGACCAACUUGCCAAGCUUGUUACUUCCAGAUCCCAGGAAUCUCCUUCAGAUGUGUCAUACCAGACACCGUUUCGUGACCUCAGUCAGGAACAAGAUGAGAGUGAUCCUACUGAUGGAAGUGAGGGCAAGGAACAUGACAACGAAGAAGAGAUAAUACAAAAAAUAGUUUCACUGUUAAAACAAUCAGGGGACCGACUAGAAGAAAAGAUCAAAAAGGACAGAGUUUUCUAUGAGCAAUUUACAGGCAUGCUGUCCUACACCUUCUUCGAAAGGAUCACUGAUUUGUUCCUGGAGAACGUCUUAGCAGAUACAACAAGCGAGCCAGAAGGCCAGGUACAACGCGUGAAAGUUGCCUUUACAAUGGAAAUUGCCACCAGACUUACUGCUGUGGACAACCAUCCUAUGAACCUGGUCUUGGGCUUUGGAUUAAAGUACCUCAGGGAGCACUUCAAGCCGUGGAUUCAGGACCAGGGUGGCUGGGAGAAGGCUUUGACUUCACUGGAAGAGGAAGAAGUAGAGUAA